AUGCCGGUGCCCAAGAUCCUCGUCUGUCGCACGAUGCCGACCUCGGUGCUGAAAGCCGCCGCGGCAGCUGGCAAAGUGGAGCUCAUCACCCGCCCGGACGACGAGGGCGAGCAAGCCCCCUCGCGCGACUGGGUGCUCUCCCACCUCCCCGGUGUAUCCGGCGCGGUGAUCUGUCUCUCAGAACACGUGGAUGCAGAGUUCCUCGAUGCAGCCGGACCGUCGCUCAAGGUGGUCAGCACGAUGAGUGUGGGCUACGACCACAUUGACCUUGCACUCGUCAAGUCGCGCGGCAUCCGUGUGGGCAAUACCCCGGGAGUUCUCGACGAUGCAGUGGCCGAGCUGUGCUUGCUGCUCGCACUUAUGGUCACGCGACAGGUGCCCGUGGCCUUGCGUACCGUGCAGGAAGGUAGGUGGCCCAGUUUCCCGUGGACACCCACGUGCUUCAUGGGCCCGAGCAUGGCUGGAAAGACGAUCGGAUUCCUCGGGUUCGGAAACAUCUCCCAGUCACUAGCCAACCUGCUGGUGCCCUUCAAACCCAAGCGGCUCGUAUACACCACCUCCAGGCCGAGGAAGUUUGAUGCGGCCGACGGCUACUUUGGCUCGCUCGUGCGCGGCGGGUUCCCGGUGGAGGGGAUCGCAGUGGAGAAUGUGGACAAGAUGCAGCUGGCCGAGGUGGCGGAUGUGGUGUUUGUGCUCGUCGACCUCAACCCGACCACGAAGCACAUUGUCGACAAGGAGUUCCUCGCCGCCAUGAAGACCUCGGCGUACGUUGUGAAUGCCUCGCGUGGCGGGACGGUGGAUACAGCCGCACUGGCCGAAGCGCUGCGCACCAACAGCAUCGCAGGUGCCGGACUGGACGUCAUCGAAGGUGAACCAGACAUCCAGGCGAGUCAUCCACUGCUUGCACCAGACUGCCGCGACAAGGUAGCCCUGCUUCCGCAUAUCGGCAGCGGCACCACCGAGACGCGCCAGGCCAUGGCGGACAUGACCAUGAACAAUGUGCUUGGCGCACUGGGAUUGCGAGACGAGCACGGCAAAGAAGCCGUCAUGGACGCCGAGCUCUAA